AUACGUAUAUAUAUUGGGUAUUUUUUUUAAUUUAAUUUUCUUCAAAAAAUUAAAAGCAACUGUGUGUCUCUUUCCGCCGCACCGCCAGUCUCGCCGCCGCGCCUCCGACUGCCGUAGCCGCCAGCAAAGCCACAUCAGAUCAUGAUAAGGAGCCAAAACAUGAGCUGCAGAACUCACUAUGGGGCCAUUGGUGUGAAGGAAGAUGCGAGCCAAGAAGAAAUCCGUAAAACUUAUCGAUCUGCCAUCCUCGCUCUCCAUCCGGAUAAGCUGCUGGAUUCAUCCGAGCAAUCAAAUCCCCUCAGGAGUGAGUUUCUUGAGGUGCAGAGGGCGUGGAAAGUGCUCGGUGAUCCGGGAUCAAGGGCCCUGUACGACUGUGAUUUGAGGACGUUGAGACAGGAAGCUGUCGCUGCAGAAGACGUAAACGUAGGAGAUAUGAUGGUUGUCGAAGAAGAAGAGGACGGAGGGGGUUUCGACAUGUCCUAUCAAUGCAGGUGUGGUGAUUUCUUCUGUAUAAGUUCUUGUGAAUUGGAUGAAAUGGGAUAUCAGUUUUCGAGAAAACGAGGUGAGGUUUCGUUGCAUUCGUCUUUGUCUUUGCAAGCGUCGAUUGUUCUCCCGUGUGGAUCGUGCUCUCUGAAACUACGGCUAGUCAUUGAUUGAGGCCAGUGUUGAUUGAAUUGAUAAUUUCAUUGAGUUGAAUGGUGGAUUUUGCUUUGGAUUUCCAUUCAUUAAAGCAUGGCUUUGAGUUGGAAACGUGCUCUACUUGAUGUGAUGUAUUUGUAAACAAAGGAGCUUGAUGCUGAGCAUUGAGUUGAAACAUAUAGGUAUGUGGAUUCAAAGAGGGGUUUGAUUUUGGCACGAGAUUCUUUCUUUCU